CUCUACAGUUGUGUCAUCACCUUCAAAAGCAUUAUAAUACUAAUAUAUACUAUUUGUUUAAUCAAUCUUUACCAUAUUUACUUCAACUUAAAUUCACUUAAGUUUAAAGGAAAGUUUCAAGAAUUUAUUUAAGUUAUUUAAAUCAUCUCGAGACUUUUUUUAAGGAAAUUUUCAAACAUACCACAGUCUGGCAAAACUACGUGCUUGCCAUGAAAAAGCUUUGAAAACCUAGCUGAUCAUGCUCAUCAGAUAUUAAUGGUUUGGUCUGAUGGGUGAAUAAAGUUUGUAUCUUUAUGAGAGGAUCACGGACGGGUAACAAGUAUAGAGAAGAUAAUCAUUGAGUAAGUCUGGCAAAAGGGGAAUUUAGGUCCUUGAUAUUUGUAUAGAGAGGAAAUCUUUUGAAGAAACCUGUGGGGGUUUAAGGAAAUAAAUUGGGGUUUAGCCUCUAUUUGUGGAAAAGUAGCUGUUCUUUGUACUGAGAAAGUAAAAUUUAAUUGUUUCUUUUUGUGGCUCUGGUAAAUUUUAUAAGUUGGUCAGAGUUUGUUUAUCUUAAUUAUAUCAAUGUCUGAGAAAAGUAGGCUUUUGCCAAGGUUUCUUUUCUUCCUGAUUCCGAUUUCUAUGUUUCUUUUGAUUAUUUCCUCGGUCUCCCUUCAAUUCGGCUGUACUUCGGUUGUACCGAGUUCUGUUUUCAAGCUUAUUCUUGUUAAUAGUACAUCAGUUUACUUAAAAUCAAAUGUAAAAAGUGAGCCAGUCAAAUGUCCCUUCUUUUCUUUCAAGCCGUAUCGGUUCGAUACUAAAUCGUCAAUGAGAAGUGGAGAGGUGAAUUGUCCGGAUGCUGCAUUUGGAGAGCUCGGAAAGAAUGCCUGUGAACGAAAUCAAGCUCUCAUUAAGGUGUAUAUGUAUGACUUGCCGCCGGAGUUCCACUUUGGAUUAUUGGGUUGGAAGGGAAAAGCAAAUCAAACAUGGCCAGACAUUCGUUACCGUAACCAUAUACCACCAUACCCAGGUGGGUUGAAUUUGCAGCACAGUGUGGAGUACUGGAUGACCCUUGAUCUCCUGGCAUCAAACAGACCAAAGGUGGCCAGACCUUGCCGUGCAGUUAGAGUGGAUAAUUCUAGUGAAGCAGAUAUAAUUUUUGUGCCAUUUUUCUCGUCACUGAGUUACAAUCGAUAUUCUAAGCUUCAUGGGAAGGAGAAAGUUAGUGUUGAUAAGAUGUUGCAGAGCAGAUUGGUUCAAUUCUUGAUGAACCAGGAUGAAUGGAAACGAUCUGGAGGAAGGGAUCAUUUAAUUGUAGCGCAUCAUCCAAAUAGCAUGUUGGAUGCUCGAAAUAUGUUAGGCUCGGCCAUGUUUGUGCUUGCCGAUUUUGGGAGGUACCCAGUUGAAAUUGCGAAUCUUGGGAAGGAUAUCAUUGCUCCUUAUAAGCACGUUGUGAGGACCAUUCGGAGCAGAGAAUCAGCUCAGUUUGACGAGCGUCCCAUAUUAGUAUUUUUCCAAGGAGCAAUAUAUAGGAAGGACGGAGGAAUAGUUCGCCAAGAAUUAUAUUAUCUUUUAAAAGAUGAGAAAGAUGUACAUUUUACAUUCGGAACCGUUCGAGGGAAUGGAGUCAGCAGAGCAAGCCAAGGAAUGACCUCUUCCAAGUUCUGCCUGAAUAUUGCCGGUGACACCCCGUCAUCAAAUCGCCUAUUUGAUGCAAUUGUGAGUCAUUGUGUUCCUGUGAUAAUAAGUGAUGAAAUUGAGCUACCUUUUGAAGAUAUCUUAGAUUACUCAGAAUUCAGUGUAUUUGUGCGUGCUUCUGACGCUGUUAAAAAAGGGUACCUACUGAGUCUUCUUCGUAGUAUCGACCAAGACAAGUGGACCGCGAUGUGGGAAAGAUUAAAGGAAAUUGCUGCACACUUUGAAUAUCGAUUUCCAUCCCAGUCUGGUGAUGCUGUGGACAUGAUUUGGCAGGCAGUAUCACGCAAGACUUCUUCUAUCCGAUUCUCACUUAACAGGAAGAACCGAUAUAACAGAUCGGAGAUUCAGCAAUUAUUAUGACAAGAACAAAUGGAAAAUUUAUGAUAUUUUCAGUCUUACACAUACAGAAAUGGGGGAUUUUUGUUUCUUUGGUGGCUGCCGAUUUUCGGACAACAUACAAGCCUAGCUAGGCUUCUCAGAAGGAACUGUAAGGGCAUUUAAUUUGUUGUAGUCAUUUUUGCCUAUUGAUUUUUCUGGUACAUCUGUAGGCAUCAUCUUUAUGAAACAUCAAUAGGCAUGUCUUUACAGAAUUCUGUUUUAAAAUAUGAAAAGUUAAUGAAAGAGUUGUUAAGCCAUCACAA